CGAGCGGCCGCCAAGGGCUGUCACUCCUCCCUGCGGCUGCGGGUGCCAUCCGUCCGACUCCCCGAGGGCUGACGAGGUGCGAAGCACCGCGCUAAGCGCUUCAUUCCGCGGCCGCCCCUCCCGCCCGCCGGUGAGUCACCGGAGCGUGUGCGGAGCGGCCCCGCCGCUGCCUACUUACCGAUGCUCCUUCGGACGCGGGCGAGAAGCCCCCCGGAGAGGGCCGGACUAUCGCUCCGGCUGCGGAAAUCCGGGACGCGUCGAGACGCCUCCCCCAUCUCUGCUGCUCUCCCGGGUGGUCCGGCCCCCUCCCUGGCUAGCCCGCGGCUCCCCUCGCCAGCCCCGGACAGGUCACUUGUUCCCAGAGAUCGUGCCAUUCCGAAGUCCGACAGACGAGGAUGACGGAUCCGCUGUCGAGAUCCUCCGCGAGGCCGCAGACGCCACGAGGCGUCAGGUCUCCCGGAUACGAAAUACAAUGAGGCGCUAACCCGGAGCAGGACGAAGGAGAAGGAGCGAAAGGCAGCCUUCUCUGCGGUGCGGAGGCUCGGGUGAUGGGAUAAACCCGGAGAGGGGUUACGGGGUGACUGCCGCGCCCAAACCCCGCCAGCGAUUGAGACGCCGUUCCAAAGGGAAGGGGACGCUAGCUUCGGAAAGGGCAUGGCCAAACCUUUUUUCAGACUACAGAAGUUUCUUCGGCGGACGCAGUUCCUGCUCUUGGUCCUCACGGCGGCGUAUCUGACGGCUGGGAGCGUGUUGCUGCUUCAGAGGUCCCGUCUGGCAGUCCAACCGAGCCCCUAUGGACCGGUCCACCUGCCGGCGUCGGAGAUGACCGUCGGAAUGGGCUCUCCGGAGGCCGGGGCCGCCCGGGAUUCCCGCCUGACCUCCCAGGCCCUCGCGGACACGCUCCCGAAUCGCGCGGCGGAGCAGAGGUACGGACCCCGUUGGCUCAUGUCCCGGAACUCGGAGCUAAGACGGCUGAGAAGAGGGUGGUUUCAUCGGUUCAUGAGUGACCAAGAGGCGGGGAGGAACCCAGGCCCCAAAGCUGGGAAAGAUCCGGCUGAUAGGAAAGGCACUUACGUCGGCUGUUUCCGGGACGAUUCCGGGGAGCGGCACCUGAAAGGAGCCGUGUUCUACGACUUAAGGAAGAUGACGGUCGCUCACUGUCAGGAGGCUUGUGCCGAGAGGGCUUACGUGUAUGCCGGCUUGGAGUACGGAGCGGAGUGCUACUGUGGGAACCGGCUCCCCGCCAGCGGCGCCAGGCAGGAGGAGUGCAACAGCGAGUGCAAGGGCGAGAAGGGAUCGCCCUGCGGGGGUGUCGACCGGCUUUCCGUCUACCGCGUGGAUGAUCAGCUGCGACUCGGAGCCAAAAGAAGGAGGAAUAUUAUCUACCGAGGAUGUUUUAGAGUGCCAGAAAAUUUAACAGACACCUUUCCCGACUCUUUGAUACUGCCCAAUUUGACGGUGGAGAUGUGCUCUGAAUUUUGCUCCAAGAAAGAGUUUCCCUUGGCCAUUCUAAGAGGCCCAGAGUGCUACUGUGGGUAUCCCACAGUGCAUUUCCCUCUCCGCGACAGCGUUGACCAGUCGCUCUGUGGAAGGACGGUCGGGGGCAACGGGCGGCCCGCCACGUCGAGGAACGGAGAUUACUGUGCGGCCUAUCAGACCCCAGUUCAAGACACCAGGUGUACGGACAGGAAGUUCCUGCCCUCCAAAUCCAAGGUAUUUGUCGCCCUAUCAAGCUUUCCCGGAGCAGGGAAUACCUGGACCCGCCAUUUGAUAGAACACGCCACCGGAUACUACACGGGAAGCUACUACUUUGAUGGAGCCCUGUAUAACAAAGGUUUUAAAGGGGAGAAGGAUCACUGGAGGAGCCGGAGGACCGUCUGCGUGAAAACCCACGAGAGCGGCAAGCGGGAAAUAGAAAUGUUCGACUCCGCCAUCUUGCUGAUCCGGAACCCUUACAAGUCCCUGAUGGCUGAAUUCAACCGGAAGUGCGCUGGCCACCUGGGAUAUGCGACGGAGAGGAACUGGAAAAGUCAAGAGUGGCCAGAUUUUGUCAACAGCUACGCCUCGUGGUGGUCCUCCCACGUCUUGGACUGGCUCAAGUACGGCAAACGCCUGCUGGUGGUUCACUACGAAGACCUGAAGCGGAGCCUCAUCCCCCAGCUGCGAGCCAUGGUGGCGUUUCUCAACCUGACGGUGGCCGAGGACCGGCUGCUGUGCGUGCAGAACAAUAAAGACGGCAACUUCAAACGGCUCGGGACCAAGCUGAAGGAUUUCGAGCCUUUCACCCAGGAGAUGAAGGCCGUGAUCGACAGAUACAUCCGGACUGUGGACAGAGCCCUGAGGGAGAAGAACUACACGGGCUUGCCCAGAGAAUACUUGCCCAGAUGAUAUUCCAGCCUCAGACCUGCCGUGCCCCCGACGUCCACCGACGCACCCACAGGGACACACGAACGCGCACCGUGCACGCACCCCCGCACACGCACACGAGACCUAGAGCUUUACGGCGGCGGCGGAAAGAAGCUCAUCAGGUCGGCCGAAGAGCGCAAGCUUUCACCCGCGCGUAGAUGGUCUUCGGGGGCCCUAAGUGCUUCGAAGGCAAGCGACGAGGGAUGGAAAUGGGGUUAUAAACCAAGACAGAAGCUAUUAGCGUCCCCCCGUACGUGGCACUUGGUUCUCGCGAACGGCUAGGAAAUUGACCCGUCGGGCACGGCAGACUUCUCAUCCCUCCGGCGGAACCGCCGGGGAGGCGGAGGGGAGUCUGAGGCUCGCCAGAACUGGAACUGGCUCCCGGGAAAGGCGUACGGGAAGGAGGGAUCCCGAUAAACAAUCUCGUCCGCGCGUCUCCGA